CAAACAUGCGCUCCGUCAAGUCGCUGCUCCUUUGGAGUCUUGCUUCCUUCUCUGCGCCAGCCGCUGCCCUCGCCUUUCCCCCACUAUUUCACGAAGCUCGACAAGUCCAAGAUACUUCGUCCCUUACAAAACGCGCCGCCGCCGCCGAUAAGCCAAAAACACCAAAAUACUUUGUUGAAGCCGGUCGCAAUAUCGAACUCGGCCACUAUGACGGUCGAUACUUCCAAUCAAAAGUCUCAUAUGAAGAACAUCGCUUUGUUCUUCGAGACUUGAUUCGAAGUUACCUAUUUACGAUGAACAGUUUCGGCGUUGAGACAUGGAUCGCUCACGGAACUUUACUCGGUUGGUGGUGGAACGGCCAAAUUAUGCCUUGGGAUUAUGAUCUUGAUGUUCAAGUUUCAAACGGCACCCUGCAGUGGAUUGGCGAUAACCUUAACCGCACCGAGCACAGCUGGAACUAUACCGACUCUGCUUCAGGGGAAUUCAUAUCCAAGAAAUACCUACUUGACAUCAACCCCCACCACGUUGACAUCGACCGUUCUGAUGGAAGAAACAUCAUCGAUGGUCGUUGGAUCGACAUGCAAAACGGCAUGUACGUUGAUAUUACCGGUCUACGUGAGCGCGAGGUCGAUCGACCCGGCAUCUGGAGCUGCAAGAACAAGCAUCGAUACAAGAGCCAGGACCUGUGGCCUAUGCGCAUCACCGAGUUUGAAGGUGUCAAAGCCCGUGUGCCUUUCAACUUUAAUAAGAUUUUGGUUGAUGAAUAUGAUACCAAGAGUUUGGUCACCGAGAGUUGGGCAGGCCACCGAUGGGAUCACGAUAAUAAGAUUUGGAUCAAGGAAAACGAAGAGGAAGCAAAGCAGCGCAAGCUCGGUGCCGUCGAUCGUCACCUGGCUGAAGCUGCUGCUAACCCACCCCCUGAAGAGACCCCAGCUGAGCCAGCUGCUUAAAGAUUCCUUUUCGAAUAAUUUCUCUCAAAAUUCGCAUUCACGACCCGCGAAUGAUAAACGAAUCACGACCUGCACUGUAUUAAUAACACCCGUUUUGUUCUUCUUCUCCAUACUGCGAAUCAUGGCAGAGGCUGCCAAACCUUUGCUGCAACCCGAGGCGUUGGAUGUGGAUCAAUGGCGUUGGAGAGCGGAUUUCAGCAUAAACCCGUUUGUGGCUUGCGCGGCACUUGAGGCAUCGAAUUUGCAUUGCUGGAUACUUUGUUCGAGUUUGUAGGAUAGGCUGUAAAUCAAGUUAAAAAGAUAUCCCGGUUGCUUGC